CUCGAUUAUGUUUGCCAUCACCAAUCCAUACCAAAGGCUUCAUCCCAUCUUCUACGGAGUAAUGUAUUGUGCCGUUCAUAUUCCCUUGGCCUCUAGGUUAGUCCGUGGCGUUGUAUCAAGGCCCCUGUCGCGCCCUUAGGUCCACGGGCACAUGCAUGUCGAAAUCCUAUUGAAAGCAACGCCGCCCACAGUAGCGCAGUAACACAGCCGGCACCGUUGCACAGAUAAUUUGUCCGAGCUAUAUAUAUCUAUAUAUAUUAUAUCGGCAUUAGGGAAGAAGACGAAACAGAUAGAAAAGACAAGACAAAAGAGAGAACCAUUCAGCAGCAAUGGCAGUCAUGGGCUCCUCCUCUACAGCCGCCUCCGGCGCAGGCAACUCCCGCCUCAUUAUCGAGUUCGCUCCCGCCUCAGCAGCCGAGAAUCUGUCAGAGAUUUCUGCCAUCACAAAGCUCGCCAACGACGUAUUCAUCGAGGCAGAGGUCGGCAUCUGGAACACUGGCUUUGUGCGUACUAAUGACGCCGAAGUUGCAGAGUUGAUUCGCAAAGGCGAACUAGCAGUUGCAUAUCUCGCUUCCCCAUCCGAUGGCCCAGAGGCGUUACAAAAGGGCCAGCUAGUAGGAUGCGCGUGUGUCAAGCAACUUUCAGAAUCUACAUGCACAUUGAGCAUGCUUACUCUGGAUACGAAGCACCAGGGCCUCGGGCUGGGUCGCGAGAUAUUCAAGUUUGUGGAGGAUCACUGCUUAUCGUUGGGAUGUACUACUCUCGCACUGGAUAUUCUGGUUCCGACGAGUUACGCCCAUCCACUGAAGACGAGAAUGCAGGCCUGGUACAUUCGGCUAGGAUUUCAGGAAGUGAGGCUGGCAGACUUUGCGAAGGAGCAUCCGUCUCUGGCGCCACUGUUAGCCGGACCUGUGGUGUACAGGGCAUUUGAGAAGAGGUUGCGGUAGAAUGGAAAUGGGUCUCAACCGGACAGCUGAACUAUCGCCGACAGUUUUGCAGUUCAGCUUUGGCAUGUGAUGCUGCCUACCUUGUUAGGUAAUGUCACUGGCUGGUUGAAAUGGAGGGACGGUGUGUUGAUAUCCAUUUAGACAGCAAGAUAACAUUAGAUUAUAUUAUUACGACUUACA